UUUAAACUUGGUGCGCUUCAGACGUUGUAAACGGGCAAUAAUAAUAAGUAAAAAUAUUGAAAUAUUGCAUUGAAGUGAAUUAAUAAAAUUGUAUAAAAAAAAUUUUAACGCACAAAUGCAGUUUUUAAAAUAAGCUAAAUAACAUCGGAUCAAAAAAAAAAAAAUAAAUAUAAACAAAAUUUUUAAAAAUUAUUGAAUUUAAAUUUUAAAAGCAAGUGAUUUUUUUUUUGCUAAAAAAAAAAUUAUCACCAAAAAGCCAUUGUACAUUAAUAAUGGCUUUACAACAAUUAAAUUUAUUAAAGUGUUAUUGUUUUUAAAAACAAUUAAACAAAAAAAACAUUAACAAAAAAUAUUUAUUUGUGUCUAAAUUUGUGUGUGAAAAGGUUAAAGAACCUUAAUUUUUUUAAUAAAAACAACAACAAAAAUUCCAUACCAUCAUCACACUUGAUUAAUAACAGAGAACAAAUAAAAACAACAACCAACUUGGCUGUUUCAAAACAUAAACAAACAGCAACAACAACAACUAAACUACAGCAAAAUAUUAAAUACUCAUCUGAAUACAUUGUGAAAUUGAAAUAAAAACAACAGCAAAAAACUACAGAAACAAACGGAGAAAAGAAAGGAUUACCAUCUCGUUGUUUUUGCGUGGUGUUUGUGUGUAACUGGAUUAUUUCCUGUUUCCCAUCAUCUUUCAAAUUUGUUUUUUAAUUUUUUUUAAUCAUCUUUUAAAAAAAAGCCAGCCUCCUCAUGAAAUGUAAAAGUUGGUCUAAUAAAAUCAACAAUUUUGUUGUGCGCCGAUUAAAGUCCAUUAAGAGUAACGGUCCACAGCAGCAGCCCACUAGUUCAAAUUGUACCACUACCAACAACGCUCAGCAGCAGCAGCAGCAACAACAACAGCAACAAUAUUUAACAAAUUGCUGCAGCAGCACAAUGCCAGCAAUGCCCAAAGAAAAAGCCACAGCAGUAUCAUUAACCGAAAAUAAUUUUAGUGAAUUAAAAUACAAAGAAUUAGCCACAUCCGCCGCUGUAGUUGCCGCUACCGCCGCCUCAGCAGCGGCUGCCGCCAUGGCUUCAACCGCCACGGCUCCCUCACCUGUUGUUAGCUCAUCACCCAUGUCAACUGCUGGCGUUGGUGGUGCAGCCACAUUACGUCAACAAAAUUCCUCCUCAUCAUCCUCCUCCUCCGUCUCAUCACUACAUCAGCAUCAUCAUAAUCAUCAGCACCAACAGCAGCGUAAUUUAUGCGGUUGUGGUAAUGCAUCUGCAACAGAAGUUACUAUGAGAACUAAAUAUAUGACUAAUGGACACUCUUCACCUCUAGCAGCAGCUAUGGCUGGUGGACAAAAUUCCAACAGCUCGCACUCACCCUCCUCUUCACCACAUCGUUUGUCCACAGCCUCCACAGUCAGCGGUCUGAGCAGUAAUAGUAGCACCUGCUGUCGCAUACGCUACAAUCAAACAACUACUACUGCAUCAGCAGCAGCAGCAGCAACAAAUGGUGGCUCAAAUAAUACGGAAUUUGCCACAACACCACCACCCUCAUAUACCUUGUCAACUUCCUCGUUAUCCUCUGCCGCUUCCGCCUCAACAAAUACCUUAAAUCCAAAUAGUUCAACACCACCGCCCUUAGCCGUUACACCACCAAAGAAAUCACCCAAAGAUUUUAUAUUUGGCAAAUUCAUUGGCGAGGGCAGCUUUAGUAAUGUCUAUUUGGGUGUCGAUAUAAAUACGAAACGUGAAUAUGCAAUUAAAGUCUGUGAGAAACGCCAAAUUUUACGCGAACACAAACAGGAGUACAUACGCCGCGAACGUGAGGUCAUGCACAUGAUGACCAAUGUACCCGGCUUUGUUAAUCUCUCCUGCACGUUCCAGGAUUCACGUUCGUUGUAUUUUGUUAUGACCUAUGCCAAAAAUGGUGAUCUUUUGCCGUACAUCAAUAAAGUUGGUUCCUUCGAUGUUGACUCAACACGCCACUAUGCUGCCGAAUUAGUAUUAGCCUGCGAACAAAUGCAUCGACGCAAUAUUGUGCAUCGUGAUUUGAAGCCCGAAAACAUCUUACUAGACGAAGAUAUGCACACUUUAAUAGCGGACUUUGGUUCGGUAAAAAUCCUCACCAACGAGGAAAGACAACAGGUGAAUGCAUUUUUGCUAUCGGGUGGCAUAGAUCUAGCCAAAAAGGCACGCAGCCAAUCGGGUGGCAGUAUAGGUGGUGGCCUGGGUGUGGGCGACUAUGACGAUGAUGUUUUGGAUAGUCAAAAUGAAGAUGACGAUGAUAAUGACUCCUCGAAUUCUUCGAAUGAUACGGGUAGUGGUGGUGAUGAUGUUGAUUCACCGCGUGGCAGGAGACAACAGCCACGUUAUCACCGCAAGAGACGUGGUAGUUUUGUGGGCACAGCCCAGUAUGUUUCGCCUGAAGUAUUGCAAAAUGCUCCUAUUACCCCUGCAGCAGAUUUGUGGGCCUUGGGUUGCAUUAUCUAUCAAAUGAUGUCGGGCCUGCCGCCCUUCCGCGGUGCCAAUGAUUAUGUUAUAUUCAAGGAAAUCAUUGCCUGCAAUUUAGAUUUUCCCCAGGGUUUCGACAAAGAUGCCGAGGAUCUAGUCAAAAAGUUGUUGAAACUUAAUCCAGCCGAACGUUUGGGUGCCCAAGACUUAAGCGGACGUUACGAAAGUAUACGUUCUCAUCCCUUCUUCAAGAACAUUGAUUUCGAUGAUGUUAGACAACAGAUUCCACCACCCAUAUCACCCUUUUUGCCCGAUCUUAUCAAAGAAGAGGAGGAAUUCAAAAUCUGUGAGAAUUUGGAACCGGGCCUAGAUGAAAAACAAAUGACCCGUUUGUUGGGCAUGGAAUUGGGCUGUAUAAGCGAUGAUGAUGUUAGCGACAAGAAAAAGACUGUAAACAAUAAAACCCCCAAAACUGUAACAAGAUCCUCCAACUCCUGCUCCUCCAAUUCAUCCAGCAAUUAUAGCACACAAAAAUCUGCCAAGAAUAGUUUUGAUUUAACGGAUGCCGAGAAGCAUAAACGUUUGGAAUUGCAAAAAUCCGAUAAAUGGCAUGCCUUUGCCGAGGGAGAGGUUAUAUUGAAAAAGGGUUUCAUUAACAAACGCAAAGGUCUGUUUGCACGCCGGCGCAUGUUUUUGCUAACCACUGGCCCCCGGCUAAUUUACAUUGAUCCUGUGCAAAUGGUUAAAAAGGGCGAAAUACCCUGGAGUCCCGAACUAAGAGCUGAAGCCAAAAAUUUCAAAAUCUUUUUUGUUCAUACGCCAAAUCGUACCUAUUAUUUGGAUGAUCCCGAAGGUUUUGGUCUCGAAUGGGUGGCGGCUAUUGAAAAAAUGCACACUCUUACCUACCGCGAACAAAUCAAUACCUCAACGUCAAACACAGCUGGACUAACAGCCACUGCAAACUCCAAUAGAACGACAAUUCAAACUUCCUGCUCACCCUCGAUAACAAAAACUUCCUCAGCCAUAUCUGCGUCAUCCACAACAUCAGCCACAUCAAGAACAAAUACGCCGCAUAAAACAUCUUCACUGUUGGCCAAGCCGAUAAUGCUGUUAAAAACGGCUUCAAAUUAAAACCUAACGUAUAGAGCAGGAGGACUAGAAGUAGGAGGUUGAGGUGUGGAGUAGUAAAAUAAAACAAACAUAGGAGCGAAAUCCAAUCAUUUUUACAAAAUGCAAAACGAUAAGCAAUGGAUGUUGAAACAAACAAACAAACAAAUAAAACAAAAAAAGUGUAAAAGAAAUUAGCAAAAAAAAAAAAGAAAAUAGCAACAAAUUUAAAACAAACCACAAAACACAAUACAAUAUAGAAAAAUUAUUUAAAUUUAAAUUUUUAUUUAGAACAAAUUUAGUUCAAAACAAAACAAAAAUCAUCAUUAUCAUUAAUAACAACAAAAAUGAAAAUAAAAACCACUACUUUAAUUAUAAAAAACAAAAGAAAACUAAAAAAUAUUUAGCGUAAUUCUUAAAAAAAAAAACAAAAAACCAUAAAAUAAAUAAUUUAUUUACACUUUACUACAUUUAUAAGUUGGUAAUAAUAAAUAAAUAUUAAACUAAUUAUAAAAAUAAAAUAAACCUAAAACUCUAUAUUAUUAUUAUACGUUUAGAUAGUCUCAAUUGAAAUAAAAUUAAUUAUUAAAUAAAUAAUAUAUAAAAAAAAAAAAUAAAUUUAAAUAUAAAUUAAACAAAACAAAACCAAGUAAUUAUAUUAUAAUAUUAUACAAAUCUAGAAGUAUUUAAACAGAAAUUAAAUUUAAAUUUAAAGCAUUAAAAUAAAACCAAGCUAGAGAAAGUAAACUAAAAAAUUUAAACUAAAUUUUAAGCAAUUUAGUGAAAAUUUAGCAAAAAAUAAACUAAAAACUAUUGAAAGAAAUUUACAUAAAAUACAUUAGUAAUUUAAACAAAACAACAGCAACAUCUACAACAACAACUACUACUACUACUAUUAAUUAAAAUAAUAAUAAAAAUUACACAUAAUUUAACAAGUAAGACAAUUGUAGUUAUAAACAAAAAAACAAAAUGUAACAUUUAAAGAAACAUUUUCGUUUGUUUUAUUUUUUAAAAAAAAUUCUCUGUUUUUAGUUCCCUUUAUUUUCCUCAUAAACAAUACACAUUGUAAAAAAAAUUACCACAACUUAAAUAAUUAAUAUAAAUUUAAAUUAUAAAAGAAACUUUAUUAUAAAAGAAAAAAACCAGCAAACAAACAAAAAAAAAAAAAACAAUGCAUAUACUAUUUAAUUAUAAUUAAUUUAAAUUUAUCCCUAAACAUACAACAACAUACUUAUUAAUCUAAUUUAUUUAAUUUAUAAUUAAUUUAAUUUAAAACAAAACAAAAAAACACACUACAACAACACAAACAAGAAAUUGCUCUACACAGUUUUAUUCAAAUAAUAAUUACUCAAUCCUGGUAAUAAUUGUCUUCAUCUUAAACAAAAUUACAAAUUAAAAUAUUUCAAAAAUUAUCGAUAUAAAAUUUUUAUUAUAAAAACAGUUAUGCUAAAAACACAUUAUUUUUAAUUUUUUUUUUUCUGAAUUUAAUUGAAUUUAUUUAAUAUUAUUUUUCUUUUUUUUUUAAUUCUAUACAAUUAUAUAUUUUAAAGCGAAAUUUGUAUUUUUAUUUUUUAUGUUUUUCUUUCAUUCUUGGUUGAGUAGUUUUAUUUAAGUUUACUUUAAACAAAAGACUUUAAAUUUGAAAUAUUAUAUUUUAAAAAACAAAAUUGUAUAAAAGAAAAUACUAUUGUUAUUUAUCGCAAACAAACACAACAUUUAUGUCAUCAUUAAAAUAAAAAAGGUGAGACCUUUUUUCUUUCUAAAUUUAAAACAAAAAAAAUCAGCUAAAAAAUUUCAUUUAAAUAAAAACCUUAUUAAAUAAAAUAUUUUUUAAAAAAAAAUUCAAA